GAGGAUAGCCAGUCUAGAAUGAGAGAAGUAGGGAGUGCAUGGGGGGAGCUGCCAGAAGACAAAAAGACAGAAUACAAUAGAGAGGCAUCAAGUACCCCUGAUGUUGAUCCUGCAGAGAUGACAGACCUGCAGCGUAAAACCAUAUAUAAUGACUUUGUGGGACAAUUUAAUAAACUGGUAAAGAAAAUUGAAGUCUAUGACUUUCUUGAAGUGGGGAUUGUCCUUGUAAAUACCAGGUCAGCAGAGAUGCACUUGGCUAAUGUAGGGACCAAAAAGGCCUCUGACUGGAUGGACAUAAGGCAAGAUGUUCAGGUUGAUUUCUACAAUUAUGUUACAGGAUCAAUUCAGGGUGUCAAAGACACAGAGGGGACGAAGGUGUCGAAAAAGCGGCAGGCUGUGCAACAACUCUUUAAUGAGAAAUAUUGCACUGCCCUUGGAAAAUCCCAUGGGCACAGAUGCUCUUACAAAGCAUUGGAUCAAGGGAGGCUGAAGGCAGUAGGAAUGCCAAGGGGGUCUCCCUGAAAAGACCCUCUGCAUAUGGAUUUCAGGAUAUGGAGGAGAUCCUGAAAUCAGCAGAAAGGAUUACUUUCCAUUGUUGUGAGCCUGAGGAACAGGAAGCAGACAACAUAGUGCAGUAGCAAAACAGU